AUGCUGUCAUUAUUUCAAAUUAUUAAGCCUUCUAAUUCCCCAAUAUAUAUUCAAAUCAGAACUGCUACGAAAAGGGCGGCGGGUUCUAGAACUUCCAUGAAGGAUUCUGCAGGGCGUAGACUAGGUCCCAAAAAAUAUGAUGGUCAGCGAGUAAAAGUUGGUGAAAUUAUUAUGAGACAAAGAGGAACUAAAAUUUACCCAGGGGAGUAUGUUGGAAUUGGUAAAGACCACACCCUUUUCGCUUUAGAGCCAGGGUUUGUACGAUAUUACCUUGACCCUUUCCAUCCAAGAAAGAAAUUUGUUGGUGUAUCCUUAAGAGAAGAUAUAAAACUACCCAGACCACAUUUUGAUCCCAGGGUCAGACGGUUUGGACACAUUCUAUUGGAUAACAAAAAGGCUGCUUUAAAAGAAGAAAAUUCAUUAAGUAGAAAACAAUAUUUAGUUAAGGAUUCUAUUAUGAAAAAGUAUAAUGAAAGGAUUGAGGAUCGACUAAAACUAUUAAACAAUUUUAAAUCUUCAUUGAAAGAUAUAAUUAGUGUGGAAAAUGUUGAUACCAACAUUGCAGCCAAUUACCUUGUUCGUUUAAGAAUGUUGCUAAGAAAUGGGUUUCUGCUCAAAGAUGCUCAAUUUUAUUCUCAACAAUAUCUGAAGUCAGAAGUAGAUCUUCAAGGAAAACGUGAACAAUGGUCUUUGGAAAAGGUAUCCACUUACAAACACAAAAUCAAUUCAACCUGUAAAUAUCUAGACAAUAACGUAUCCUUUGACAAUAAGUUCAAAUUGAUAAACUUUAUAUCGCUGGAAGAAAAGGAGAAGUUGAAAAAGGAACUACAUCAUAAUUUAACAGAAGAACCAGUUGCUACAGCUAAAAAAAUCAAAGAUUCAACAAUAAAUCCUUCAUCUUUCCUUUCGUUAAGAGAAGAGAACAAACUCAAAAGAAAAAUCAACUCAAUCCUUCAAUCAGAGAAAAAUGCAAAAGUCUGA